UCACAGCUGAUUGUGGCGCAGUAAGAAAUCCAGCCGGUGAGGGAACUCGAGCAACACAAGAUCAAGAAAAUAAGUUCCCAGCAGUUGGUUUCCAGUUGAAUUAGUCUCUGGUGUCUCCAGCAGAGGGACAUCAUGGCGGCUGCAGCAACACAUGAUCUGCAGCCUCUGAAGCGCAGUAAGAGCUAUGAUUUGCUGCCACCUGAAAUGUCUGAGCUGAGGGUUGUUCUGCUGGGGAACAGCUGGUCUCAGAGGAGUUCAGUGGGGAACUUCAUACUGGGAGAGACUGUGUUCGACAAAGUACCUAAAGGCAGUCUGAGAAUCAGUGGACCGCUGGAGGGCAAAGAAAUAGUUGUCAUCAAUACUGAAGAUCUGCUGCAUCCCAACAUCUCUGAAGACAAACUGAGAGAACAUGUGACAAACUGUGUGAGACUCUCUGAUCCUGGACCUCAUGUGUUCCUGCUGGUUCUACAGCCUGAAGACUUCACUGAGGAACUCAAACUGAGACUCUGCAGAGUCCUGAAACUCUUCAGUGAUCAAUCAUUUGAUCAUUCACUGGUUCUGAUGUCAACACCCAGAGAGGAGAGUCCAGGUUUCAUGGACAAAUACAUGAACCAUCCGCCCUUAAAAGACAUGAUCAGAAAAUGUAGAUACAGACACCUGAAGCAGAAGAACCUUGAACGUUCAGAGCUGUUAACUCGUUUGGGUCAAAUUGUAAAGGAGAACAAUGGAGAACAUGUCAGCUAUGAAGUAUUUGAGGACGCAACAGAUAAUUUUCCAGUUGAUCAUCAAAGCCCAAAACAAAAGGAAACACCGGGUAUCACAGAUGCUGUAAAAGCUGUUGGGCUGCAUGCGUUUAAAAAGGUCACUGGACGACUCUCAGAGAAAAACCUUUCGACUCACACAUCUGGAUUCAGGAUUGUGCUGCUGGGAAGAAGUGAGGACAAACAGGCAAAACUUGGUAACUUAAUCAUCGAGGACCAAGGUUUUCAUUACCAAAAAACCAGGCAAUGUGUGGCCACCUGUGGAGAGUGGAGAGGAGAACCAUUAACAGUAGUGAAAGCUCCAGACAUGUUCAGUCUGUCUGAGGAGAUGCUGAGAAGAAAGGUGAAGAGCUGUGUGACUCUUUGUCCUCCUGGACCAAAUGUUCUGCUGCUGUUAGUGAGGCCUUCUGAUUUCACUGAGAAGAACAGAAAAACACUGAAGUUCAUCCUGAGUUUGUUUGGUCAAGAUGCUUUUAAACACUCAGUGGUCAUCAGCACACAUGAUGGAACAAGUGUCUCUGUGAAUCAGCUGCUUAAAGACUGCGGAGGAAGACACUACAGGAUGUUUAAAGAUGAGCGCAGACUGUUAAUGCAGACGAUUAAGAACAUUGUGCAUGAAAACAAAGGAACCUUCCUCACCUUCACUGAAGAGACCAUCAGACCAAAGUCUGAACACAUCAAACCAGCUUUAAACCUGGUUCUGUGUGGGAGGAGAGGAGCAGGGAAGACUUCAGCAGCCAAGGCCAUUUUAGGUCAGACAGAGCUUCAUUCAGUCUCCAACUCAUCAGAGUGUGUUAAACAUCAGGGAGAGGUGUGUGGGCGUCGGGUUUCCCUGGUGGAGCUGCCUGCCUUGUAUGAAAAACCUCAGGGCAGUGAUCCUGAGGGCGUCCAUGCCUUCAUCCUGGUCCUACCUGUGGGUCCCCUCACUGAUGAAGACAAGGGAGAGUUAAAGACAAUCCAGAACACAUUCAGCUCUCGAGUCGAUGACUUCACCAUGAUUCUGUUCACUGUGGAGUCAGAUCCUGCAGCUCCAGCUGUUGUUGAGUUUGUAAAAGGAAACAAGGAGCUCCAUCAGAGCUAUGGAGACAGAUAUGUUGUUCUCAACAUCAAGGACAAGCAGCAGAUCCCAGAGCUGUUGGAUGUGUUGAAACAAAUGACAGUUGAAGGAUCCAGAAGCUUUACAAAGGACAUGUUCACCAAGGCUCAGAUGGAGAAGGUUGUAGAGCAGGAGAACACUAAUGCAAGACUUAAAGCUGAGCUGCAGGAUGUUAAAAAGAAAAGUGAGAUGGGAAUUGAUGAAAACCAGAGCAGAGAGUGUCUCAGGAUGGUGCUGAUUGGGAAGACUGGCAGUGGGAAGAGUGCAACAGCAAACACCAUUUUGGGUGAAGAACAUUUUAAUUCCAGAGCCAGUCAGAAGUCAGUGACCAAGUUUUGCCAGAAAGCAUCAGGAGAGAUUGAUGGAUGGCCUGUCGUUGUGGUCGACACUCCCGGCUUGUUUGACACGACUCUGUCCAGCGCUGACGUUGAACAGGAGCUUGUGAAAUGCAUCAGCUUGUUGGCUCCAGGACCUCAUGUCAUUUUACUGGUGGUGCAGAUCGGCCGCUUUACACAAGAGGAAAAAGACUCUGUGAAGCUGAUCAAGAAAUGUUUUGGCAAGAAUUCACAACAUUUCAUCAUUGUUACAUUCACCAGAGGAGAUGAGCUAUACAACCAAACAUUUGAGAGGUACAUAGAAGAAGACUGUGAUGACUUUGUAAAAAAGCUGAUACAUGACUGUGGAGACAGAUAUCAUGUUUUCAGUAAUAAGGAUCAGAAGAAUCGUACUCAGGUCAGCGAGCUGCUGACGAAGGUUGAGUCAAUGGUGAGGAAAAACGGCGGCAGCUGCUACACCAAUGAGAUGUUCCAGGAGGCCGAGGCCGCAAUAAAACAUGAAGUAGAGAGAAUCCUGAGGGAGAAGGAGGAAGAGAUGCAGAGACUGAAAGAGGAGCUUGAACGAAAACAUGAGGAAGAAAUGGAAGCAAUGAAAAGAAGAAUGGAAGAACAAACAGCAGAAAUUGAACAGGAGCGAAAACUGAGAGAUAAACAACUUAAAGUAAUGGAGGAAAACAUCAACAAGGAGCGUGAAAAGAGAGAGAAAGAACAGGAAAAGAGAGAAGAGGAAGACAACAAAAAGAAAAUAGAGGAAGAUCUUCAACAACAGGAGUGGGAGCAAAAACGUAAACAUCUGGAGGAAAAAAUAAAGUCAGAAUCAGAGGAAAAGAAAACCAUUGACAGAGAGUUGGAGCAGAGCAGAGAAGAGAUGAGAAAGAAACAAGAGCGCUGGGAGAAGGAAAGAAAAGACUGGUGGGAGAAACGAAAUCAAGAAAAUGAAGAGAGACAACAUGAGGAGCAAACAAAACUUAAAAAGCUCCAAGACGAAUAUGAGCAGGAAAGAGAAAAAUCUGAAAAGAAAAGACAAGAAGAAGAUCGAAACAGAAGAGAACAGGAGGAGAAGGAGCGAAAAGAGUUAGAGGAAAAGUAUAAGACAAAACUGGAGGAAAUGAAGAAGAAAUAUGAAGAGGAGGCCAGAAAACAAGCCGAAGAGUUCAAUGAGUUCAGACAGAAAUACACCAAAGACUUUUCAGCGUUGGUAGACAAACACAUGGAGGAAAUAAAGGAAAUGAAGCAAGAAUAUGACAAAAAGUACAAUCUGUUACAAGACCUCUCAAGUCACAAAGAAAAACAUCUAAAAGGAGAAAUGGAGGACGUGAAGAAAAAGCAUGAACAAGAAAUAAAUGAACUAAAACAGAAAUACAACGACAAAUGUAUCAUCCUCUGAUCUCCCACUGACUGAUGUUUUGCUUUUUCCUUUUUUUCUGGACUACAUGAGCAUACUCAGCAGGAACUCCUCUGACAUCUGAUGAGUCCCUGCCUCGCUAAUGACGUUUUCUCAAAACAUUACUUAACAGGAACAAAAUUCUCUUCUCUAUUCUCUGAAAAUAUUCAGAGCGCAGUCAGCCAGUUGUUAUUCCGCCUCAAGAGGGCGCCCUGUCUAUAUGAGCAGGCUUGUUGCCAGGAAGUGUUGUGAUUCUGUUCACUGACAGAACUGACAUUGGUAUUAUGUUGAUCAUUGGUUCAAGAUAAAUAAAAUGACAUCAACAUACA